CGUUUCUAGGCAACAAUGUGUCAACACACAACCAGUACAGACAGCUUCAACGAUGAGAGGUUAAAUUAACAUCGACAUGUACAAGUGCUACCGGCCCUUUAAUCCUGUCGCCAGCCAUUUCCUGCAGCAUAAAUGGGAGUUCAGACGCUUUUCAGCUCACCUCGACAAGGUGCAAUUUGCCCACCCUGUAGUGGACACCAGGAGAUUGCUCACAUCUCGAGGUUCCCAGUGUAAAAUGAAGACAUUGCAGGCUCGACGACUGUCUGCUGCCAAGAGAGACAAUCGUGCUUGGGGUUCCAUGAUGGAAGACAAUCGUCUUUUGGCUUCCAGGAUGAAAAACAAUCGUCUUUUGGCUACCAGGAUGAAAGAAAAUCGUCGUUUGGCUUCCAGGAUGGCUAACGUCAAAAGCGCAGUGAACCACAGGAAUGAAUACAGCUGUAAAAGUUUGAAUGAAAGCAAAAGGAAGCAGGAUCUUAUGGCUAUCAGUGAGGAAAAUCAGGCCAUGUACCAACGACUCUUAUGCCGAAAGUCAGUGUACUCCCGAGAGAGUUUGUUGGGUGACUGGAUGAAGACAGAGCGCUUGCUACAACACUUGUCCCAGUUCUCCAAGGAACAAGGAGCUAAACCGAAACUGGAAAGGAAAAAGAAGAUGGUGACCUUUGCCGAAGAAGACCAGUCUAGAAGCACGUCAAGCACUGAGAGAAGCAAAGAAAUUCCUGAUGCCCAAUUGAAGGCUGGCAAAACGAAACAGGAUCUUGUAGGUAUCCGUGGGAAAAAUCAGGCCAUGUACCAACAACUCGUACCCCGAAAGUCAGUGUUCUCCCGAGAGAAUUGGUUGGGUGACUGGAAGAAGACAGAACACUUGUUACAACACAUGUCUCGGUACCCCAAGAAACAAGCAACUAAACCGAAACUGGAAAGGAAAGAGAAGAUGGUGCCCUUUGACAAGUCAACCACUGAGAGAAGCAAAGAAAUUCCUAGAGACAAAUUGAAGGCUGGCAAAACGAAACAGGAUCUUGUAGGUAUCCGUGGGAAAAAUCAGGCCAUGUACCAACGACGCGUACCCCGAAAGUCAGUGUUCUCCCGAGAGAAUUGGUUGGGUGACUGGAUGAAGACAGAACGCGUGCUACAACACAUGUCUCGGAACCCCAAGAAACAAGCAACUAAACCGAUCUGGUGCCAGAAACGUCCAGCCUAUAAAUCUGAGUUCUCCCGAGAGCGGUGGUUGAGUGACUGGAAAAAGAUGUUGGCCAUUCGACAACACCUUGACCGGUACCCCAGGGAACAAGCAACUAAACCGAAACUGGAAAGGAAAAAGAAGUUGGUGGCCUUUGACAAACAAGACCAGUCUACAAGCAAGUCAACCACUGAGAGAAGCAAAGACAUUCCUGAUGCCCAGUAAACCUCAUGACUUGUAUCGA